AUGUCACGUCCUUCUAAGCGUCUUGGAACGGGUGAGCUGAACAAGUUCGCAAUAGAUUUGACUGUUGGAGGUGUUUCUGCAGCCGUGUCAAAGACAGCCGUUGCUCCUCUUGAGAGAGUAAAACUGUUGUUGCAGGUCCAGUAUUCGCAUCAAAGUAUAGCCGCCAACAACCGUUACAAGGGUAUUUUUGACACUCUCAUCCGUGUUCCUAAAGAGCAAGGUUUCUUCUCGUUUUGGAGAGGAAAUCUGACGAAUGUGAUGCGCUACUUUCCCACGCAGGCACUGAAUUUUGCUUUCAAUGAUCUCUACAAGUCUAUUCUUAUUAAAGGAGGUCGAUCGGAAAUUUCUGGAAGUACACCUCACGCACCUUAG